AUGCAGCCAUAUCCACAGCCCAAUGGACCAUCCAAUAACGACAGGAAUGAGGGCCGGGGGCCGCUGAGUAGAACAUGGCCACAGCUGUUCAAGAAGAGGAGGAGAUAUAGUCCGGUUAGAGAGAGCGCCCAGCAGCAGCAGCAGCAGCAGCAACAACAGCAACAGGCAGACCUUCUAGCCUCGAAAUCAAACUACGAGCUUAUCUCUUCUGGCCAACACCUAGAGAUGGGUCUGCACUUUAGCACCGCCAUGGCCACAGGCGUAAUGAUGAAGCGCGCCACCCACCGCGCUGCAGAACAAGCGCGCCGUGACAGGAUGAAGAACGCCAUGGUGGACCUUGCGGAAUUUCUCCUCGAUGGUGAAGUUACUUUUGGCAGUGGCACUACGUGUUUUGUUGUCAUGCGAGGGAAAGAUGGUGCGGACGGCAGCGAAAAAACCUCGGCAGACGAUGCCAGUAAUGGGAAAAGUGGGAAAGGUGUGCCGCCUGGGGAUUCUGUGCCGGGAGAGAAGAAGACGGUCAACAAAGCGAGGUUGAUUGAAAUGGCGCUCGAGAAGAUGAAGGCACAGGAAAAAGAGAUUGAGAUGUUGAGGAAGGAGAUCGAGGAUCUGAGGACAGAAGACAAGAUGGAUGUGUCGUAG